AUGGAAGCAGUAACAAAUGAACUUGCUGUUUUUAAUAGUUUACAAUUUGUUAAUAAUAAAGUUUUACCAAAAACUACAUUUGACACACAAACAUCGCAAUUUAUUCAACAAUUUCAACAGCAGGUAUUUGAUAAGGAAAAUAUUAUAUUUAUUUUAUUAGUUAUUACUCAAAUAUGUAUUCGUCAGAAAAUAGCACUUUAUCUUACUCAACUUCAACGGUUUAUUCGAACAAUUAACUUCUAUCGGAAGAUGAAGAAUACUCAUUUACAAGAAAUAUCACAAACAACAGAUGAAAUUUCAAUUAUACGACUAACUUUUACUGGAUUAAAUUCACAAAUACAAUCCAUAAAAGUAUCAUCUCCAACAGAAUUAUGUCCAUGUUCUCGAAUAUCCAUUCAAUAUUCUAAAUUUAUUUCUAUUAAACCAAUUGUUUAUCAUCAAAUAUGUUCAAGUGUUUUUAUUUCAUCAAAUUUCAUUCAAUUAUUAUGGGACAAUGAAUCACUUGAAAGUUAUUAUUAUUAUGUCGAUAUGAAAAUAUUAAGUUUACAUUUUAAUAUUUUAGUAUCACUUUGUUCUCUUGCAAAAAUUAUGAUUGAACAAAAAAUUAAAGUAUUUUAUUCAGAACAAUUUAUAAAUGUAGAAUUAUUAACUCGUCAUUCUUUUCAAAUUCAAAUUGAUUCUAUUAUUGAGAAUUUUAUUAAUCAAGCACCAGUCAAUUUUCGACAAAUUCAUAAUUAUAUCAUAGAUAUGCUUUAUGCUAAUCAAUUACAUAAUAUAUUCUUAACAAAAUUGGAAUCUUCAUUUAUCAUCAUAUAA